CCCGCUCCGCCCCGCGCGGGUAGCACCGCCCCGGCGGGUGCCCGGUGCCGCGGCCCAGCAUGGCCCCGGUGCCGCUGCUCGCGGCUGCCUGCAUCGGCUGCACCGUGGCCAUGUUCGGGACCGGGCUGUCCGACCUGCGCCAGAUGUUGGCAACCAGGAGCGUGGAGAACAUCCAGUUCCUGCCCUUCCUCACCACUGACGUCAACAACCUCAGCUGGUUGGGCUAUGGGUGCCUGAAGCAGGACUGGACCCUGAUCGCCGUCAACACCAUUGGCGCAGCGCUGCAGACCCUCUACAUCCUGGUGUACCUCUACUACAGCCCCGCGAAGCGCGCGGUGCUGCUGCAGAGCCUGGCGCUGCUGGCGGUGCUGGCCACGGGCUACGGUUACUUCACGCUGGUGGUGGGGGACACGCGGACGCGCCUGGCGCGCCUGGGGCUCUUCUGCAGCGCCUUCACCAUCAGCAUGUACCUGUCGCCGCUCGCAGACCUGGCCAGGGUGGUGCGGAGCAGGUCCACGCGCUGCCUGUCCUUCCCCCUCGCUGUCACCACCUGCCUGGCCUCCUCCAGCUGGACCCUCUAUGGCCUCCAGCUCCAAGACCCCUACAUCACGGUCCCCAACGUGCCGGGGAUCGUCACCAGCGUUGUGAGGUUCUGGCUCUUCUGGCGGUACCGGGACAAGCCCCACAGACCCCUCCCUGCCUGAGGGCACCGGACCAUGAAGGACCCCCCCGUCCCAUCCUGCUCCAGCAGGGACCAGUUCCAGUGCUGAGCACCAGGAGCCACCUCCUGCCCCUGAGGUUCAUUCUCACCAGCGUCCCCCCAGCCCUUGGUCCCUCCAGGUCAGGUUGGGCUCAGCGAUGCCUUUGGGGUGCCAGGAGCACCCCCCAGGCUCCCACCUAUCCCAUGGGACAGUCUUCCAUGCCCGGAGCUGCCGGGAAGCCCCAAGUCUCUUGUACCCAUUGAAGUGCCUUGAAUAAAUCAGAGACUUCCCG